GGAAGGUUGACAUCACUGGUUGUUACUGUUGUGUUCCGUCAGCCAUUUGAGACUGUUUGAAUCAAGGUUCGGCUCAGUAGUGUUCUUGUUCUCGUGUCACAAAGUCGGAAUUACUUUCGUGAAAUUGGGAGUGCGCGUGGUAUCGGUAUUGGGACCUUGUUAUUACAGAUGAGGCCGUUCCGGAGUUGAAAGUUUGAAGAAAAUGCUGUAAAAGUGGAUGUUGGUUGGAAAUUUUAAAACUGUGUUGAAUGGUUUUGUGAAGAAUCUGUAUCUGACCGAGGUGCUGUGCUAUCUUGCAAAUCUGUAGAAGAAUUGCACCUUUCAAGGGGUUUAAUUAGGGUUUUGCGCACAAAGCAAUUGAAAAGUGUUCAAAAUGAGUGCCAGUGCUACAUCAUUGUUGCGGGGAUUUACCUUUGUGUUCAAUCAGUGUUCCACAAGCGGAGCGAGUCGCCUGGCAUCGGUGCCAGUAUGCUUCGGGGACCGAAUGCAGAAUACACCUAGGAGUAGCAAUUCCAUCAGAAGCUAUUCUGGUGCGAAAGCCAGCUCAUCUUCUAUGUCGAGAAGCACCACUUGUAGGAGUCGUUCCAGCUUUAACUUAAACGGACGGCGUAGCUAUACUCAGGCAGCAUCAACGUUAACACGGGAACAGCUUCACGACCUGGUUUAUCGCCUCAACGAAGAUGAAAGGGAAUUGCUGAUGAACACGCUCAAACAGUUCGAAUCGAAUAAACAGAAAGCACAGUUCGAAGGCCAGCUGGCUGCAACGGUGUGGCGAAGUCGGUUCGGGCGCCCUUCUAAGCUGAAACCCGCGCUUGGCGAUGUAGACCCCACCGGAUCCUACUGUGCGGUUCCGGAAGACUGGCUGAAAAAAAAGUCUGCUGAAACGAUGCCACCACCACCAACAAGGGACCUGUUCCAAUUGGGUCUCGUGAAUGCGCUACCAUUUAUUGGAUUCGGUUUCCUGGAUAAUUUCACGAUGAUUAUUGCGGGUGACUACAUCGAACAUACACUCGGGUUGUUUAUGUGCAUCUCGACGAUGGCGGCGGCCGCCCUGGGAAACACCAUCAGCGACGUGGUCGGCAUCGGGUCCGCUUUUUAUGUCGAGAAAAUAGCCGAAAUGAGCGGGGUCCGGCCACCGAAGCUUUCGCCGCUGCAGCUGGAGAUGAAAUCGAGUCGACGGGCGGCAAACAUGGGACGCGUGCUCGGCAUCACCAUCGGCUGUCUGCUGGGAAUGUGCCCGCUGAUGUUCAUGAAAGACGAAGAUAAGGAUAAGGACAAGGAGAAGGACGACGACAAAGCCAAGGAUGGCAAGGAACCCACCGCGACCGAAACGAAGUGAACACUGACGACUGUAAGAUAACUCACAGCUCCUAGUCUAUAGUAUUGAGAACCUAUCGAGAACAGGAAAACCGACGACAUUUAGAGGAAUUAAGCUUGGAUUCGAAUUGACCACGGUUGUUAUUGUUAAAGAUUUUUAUUUAACAGUUUAUUAAAAAUAUAUGCAAUGUUUCUAUAUUGUUUCAUCGUUUAUGUAGUGUUCUCAAAUUUCUUCACUGUAAAUAAUUAUUUAUUUUAGUAAGCUUCUUUCGCAAACGAUUUAAUACUUGCUCCAACAUUGUAAGGAAAAAAGGCUUUUAAACUCUUUCAUGCAGACUUUCCACGGCAAAACAGGACAAGAAAAAGAAUGCAAGCCAAAUUACUAUGAUUAAAUAAAAUCUCGGCGAAAAAAUUAGGUUAAUUAAAUGAAAAAGUAAAAUCAUUAUCUGAAAGGUCUAAAAAAUUAACAAUAAGAAUUCUUUUUGGUACUAUAGUAUAAAAAUUUCCUAAUAAAGAAAAAAAAAGUUUAUCGGAGCGAUGUAAAUUAUAGCAGAAUUAUAAUUUUUAUUUUUUUUUUAAUUUAUCAUAAUGCAAUCGCGAAUUCGAAAACACUAUCAAGCACAUUUCUCAGAUAAUACCUAUUAGUUGAAACGUGAAAGUUGAACCUAAAAUGUAGCAGUUAAGCAAACCUUUUGAUAUUACAUAUUGUUUAAAAUUUUUUAGCGUUUUUUGUUGUUACUAUGUAUAUCCAAAAGUUUUUCGAUUUUUUCAGUCUUUUUUUCAAUCGUUAAUCUUUAAACUUGAUGUUGAAAACUAAGGUUUUUAGAGUCUCUUCUUCGAAAUUUCAAAAUAGGAUUUUAGAUUCGUAUUAUAUUAAACGUAGAAUAUGUAGACACAAAACGUGUCGUACUGCUACACCAAAUAUCUUUAUCAUGAAUUCAGCUGUUCUAAUGAAAAAUGUUUGAUUUUAUUUUUUUAGAAUUGACGUUCUCCUUGCCUAUUAAGAAAGAUAAAAGAUUUUGUAAACAAAACUAAUGAUUAAACUAUUAAUACUGCAACAGUUCUCUAAAUGAAAAAAAAGAUCACAGAACAAGGGUCCAGUUAAAUUGGCACUUAAAAGCUGAUUUAGUCAAAAUUAAAUAUAUCUAUCCGAAAACAAAAACAUAGACACAAAGUUUCUAGAAAAACUUUUGUCCAAAAUUUAAUAUUUGCUAGAAGUGAGAUAAGAGAUUCAAGUUAAGUCUAAUGAACUCAAGAAAAAGAAAAUAUUUAUAAAAUUAUUAAUAUUUUAUUAUUGAAACCAAUAUUCGAAACGACUUGUCAAACUGGAUAUUUCCAAAUCUUAUUGAUAGUAGUAGGAAAACUAACUCACUCGCGAUUUCAAGAAUGUAGCUGAAGUAUGAGCAAACUUUCUGUGUGUUGCACAGUUUCUGUCGUCUUUCAUUCCAUCGAAGUGCUUCCUUCACUGAAAACCAGUAGUUGAUUUAGAAAACAAGCGCAAAUAAUCACAAAAUAAACCAAUUUAGUGGUUCUUGAAAUAACAGAAGCUUUCAAAACUGCUGAUUUAACAAGCAAAAUAAUCUACGAACUGAUUAUCACCUACUGAUCAAUCAUAGCUUCUUGCAUACACCCUUUAUCACGAAGAAGAUGCUACUGGAAUUGGUAAAAAGUGUCCGGAAAAGAAGAAAAACUAUACGCCCAUUCUUAUAUUGUCCUGCCUUAAAAAUCUACCGAAAUACUUUCCGACUCCGAUCCGAACAAAUAUGAAUAGAGCUAAAUAUAUCGAAACACUACAACAAUUGGUGAAAAUCCUUAAAUUAUAAGAAAAUAAAAAAGACCCCAUUUUAGAUAGUACAACUCUUCUGCGUGUUUCAACUCAUUCUGCAACGGUCGUCGUCAUCUUCAUGUGUUUAGUCAGAAUAGAAAAUGGUUCCAUAAACUAAAAUACAUAUAAGUAGAACAAUCCGAACUUACAGAUGCUAGUUGAUCGUAGUAUUGAAUAUGUGACCAUUAGUAGUAGAAUUUUGAAACGAUUUCGAGGAUCUUCCAUGACAUCCACCUUGGAAAUAUGCAGGAAUCUUAGAAAUCACAAAAAAUACAUUAAGCAGCCACCAAUACCAUGUUUAGAGUUCAAAUGACUAGAUAAUCAAUUGACAUAACAAGCAAUGCUCAUCAAUAGUAAGAUAACAUCAAUUGCAGCAAUAAAGUACUUAACAUCGAACUGUUUCGAUUAAAAUUAGAGAGAGCCGAAAAGGCACAACCACCUACCGACAGAAUCAAAACACUAACAGAGCACAUAACUAAUGAGGAACGAUAACGAGGAAUUACUAUAAGAACAUAAUUGUAACUAAUCGAGAGAAACAAAAACCCGAACAAAUGUAAAUGACUCAUGAUAUUUUAAUGCUUUUACUAAAAAAAAAAAGAAUGCUCCUGCUUAUGCUCACUGCACUGACCAUAAUGCAUGGAAAAGCAAAAAUCACUUACUUGCAAACUUGUGACUGGAAAGGCAAAAUACUAAGGAAUGCUGCAAGAUAGCCUGAAAUGCAUUUACUAACUGAAGUAAGGUAUUAAAGCGUCGUGAGUCACUUUGAAAAUAAAUUGUAAUCUGAGUAACUAA